ACCAGACAGAACCAAGCCACCGAGACUGACCUCUGCAUCCAUCCAUGGCGACCAAGAGCAGCGUCACCGGCAAUGCCGCCGCUAAGUCUUCGGCGCCAAAAGCAGCCGAGGAGCAGGUGUGCACGCUCCUCUCCAAGCGGCUCCAGCGCGUGUCGUGCCACUGCCUCCGCAUCGCCGCGGCGGUCCUCGUCGUCUACAGUUUCGCCGUCACGGCGUGGCGCGUGCGUCACCAGCCGCAGGACCUGGCCUUCGUCGCUGCCGCCUUAUUUCUCCUUGCCGAGCUCCAGGCGUGCCUCCGACGCGCCGAGCGGCUCGCGCCGGAAUCGCCCGCCGGGGAGAGGCGCCGAGUGCGGGCCGCCGUGUGGGCGCUGUCCACCGCCCUCAGCUGCGCGUUCGCCUACCGCGUGGCCGCGGUCAUGCCGCCGCCGCUGGCCGUCCUCGUCUGGUGCAUUACCGCGUCCGUCGGCCUCGUCGGUCUGUGUCUGCUUGUGCUCUGCAGAGACCAACAGUAUCAAGCGCUCCGCAACGACGAUGCCGCCUGCGACUGCGACAGAAGGGCCUCUGCCAAGACUAGUCCUACUGAUGAAUUGGUCUAAAGCAUUCAGAUUCAGGGGGGCAAGAAAUUACAAAGAGUUUUUCUGAAAAUGUCUUGGAUUUUGGUAUUGAUUUUCGUGCUAAUGCUUCCCUGCUG